AUGGCCACAACGACGCAGGAUGAGGUGGACAAGGAUCUCCGCGCCAUCAUUACCAACCUUUACAUCGUGCUUUGCCAAGCACACGACUAUCAAGGCUCGAAUACCAACCAGGCCAUGCAAGCCGAGAUCAUACUUUUGCUCCAGAAUUUGAAGAGUCUGAGCCAGAAGGCCCAGCUUCUGCCUACGCACUUGCCCGUAGAGAUCAUCAACUACGUCGAGAACUCGCGGAAUCCGGAUAUCUACACGCGCGAGUUCGUGGAGCUUGUGAUGCGCUACAAUCAGCAGCAGAAGGGGAGGAGUGAGGCUUACGGCCAAUAUCACGACAUUCUUGCCGAAACGAUCAUGACCGCCAUCCCAGACAUGGCAGCCGACAUCAAGUCGGUCGCUGCAGCAUCUGGUAGACCGAUCAGCUAAGACCCGAUCAAGCUGUCAUCAGAGGUAUCGGACACAAGGUUCUGAGCUUGAAUUGCUGGUGACUUCGUUCGUCGAAGCAACAUGCGCAGUCUGCCUUCGUUCUUACCACCGCACGGCCGAUCUACUCGAGGCUCUCGUCCUUCGAACUCCAGGCUCUCUGACAUCUCAAUAUGCCCGAGAUGGCUUCAGCCCUGUCUUUUCUAUCGCAAGGCAACGAGACCGCGUCCCCACCGGUUCUCACCUCACGAACGAGCAGAUCAAAUAAUUUAUUUACAUCUGGGAAAGAUGGAAGCACUACGGCCAUAAUUGAGAAUGGGGAUUUACUGGACCGCUGAUGAAAUGAGGUGAACACGCAAGUGAUUGGCUUUGCGACAGUACUGGUUAGCAUCCGUUGGAGGCAAUUGUUGCUGCCGUAUCGGCAUGAGGAGAACCAGAAAAGAAGAUGAGCCCUUCCCGCAGGAUAUAGUACCUAAGCAUGAAUCGCUGU